GUGCAAGAUGCCGCCGGCCCCUCCUUCUCGCUGCUCGGCCAUGCUCGGCCAUCUGCCGCGCCGCCGCCCCGAGCUCGCCGGGUGCGCCGCAUGCUUCUUCGGCAGCAUCGUCCCGCCAGCGCAGCGCCCCGUAUGCCGCACCAGCAUGCAGCCUUGCCAGCAGCGGACGCAGCAACGCAGCUCGCCGCUCCUCCCAAUUCUCCGCAGCGGGAGCGGCGCCUGGCACGCCCGCCGCGCUCCCGCAGCGCUCAUGCGUCGGCCGCAGCACCGCACGCCGCAGCAUCCACCAGCAGCGCAGCCGUGCCGAGCCGAGCUGAGCCGUGCCGCAGCGGCAUCCGCAUCAUCACUUUGGUCAGUACGCACAGCGAGGCGGCGAGCCUGACCUCUCCGCGCCGUAUGCUGCCCCGCAUCGCCCCUAUCUCUGUGUCUCGCUCCCCGGACGGCCUCGAGGGUUUUGCCGGCAGAUGCUGGUGCUGGCGCCGUACCACCCGCCGCGCCCGCGCGCGGCACGCUAGCCGCCCGGUCGCACGCUCGCGGCGCCGAGUGCGCCCGCGGCUUUCAAGGACGGCGCACGCGUCGACGACAAGGCGAAUCCGCAGGGCACGUCUCAGCGAGUGGCGGCGCUGCGCAAGUGCUAUGGCGACACUCCCUUGCGCGACGUCAAGUUGACAUCGCCCGCUCACUUGCGCUCGCGCCCGCGCCAAGGCGAGUGGGCCGUGGU